ACGAAGAAGGCACUAUUACUAAGAUAGCUUUAGCCUAUAUAUAUGCAUACAUGGUAAUGGUUGGCUUAGAACAAUAAUGGAAAUAGGAAGAAUGGGUAAUGCAUUGGCAUUUGCAUUAGCAUUGGGGUGGUUGCUAUUCAGCUCCGCCGUGGGGUCGCCGGUGGUGAGCCGGCAGCUCUUCAAUUCCAUAUUCCUGCACAAAGACGACGCCGCCUGCCCGGCCAAAGAUUUCUACACCUACGACUCAUUCAUGCAAGCCACCAGAUGCUUCCCAAGAUUCGGCCGCACCGGCAGCCUCUCCACGAGGAGGCGCGAGGUGGCCGCAUUUCUAGCUCAGAUCUCCCACGAGACCACCGGCGGGUGGGCCACCGCCCCCGACGGCCCCUACUCUUGGGGGCUCUGCUUCAAGGAGGAGGUGUCUCCGCAGUCCAUUUACUGCGACCCGGCCAACACCCAGUGGCCUUGCGCUCCCGGCAAGUCUUACCAAGGACGAGGCCCGAUCCAGCUAUCGUGGAACUACAACUAUGGACCUGCCGGACGAGCCUUGGGAUUCGACGGCCUACGCAACCCAGAGAUAGUCUCCAACAACUCGGUGAUCUCCUGGAAAACUGCCCUCUGGUUUUGGAUGACGGAGCAGAAGCCGAAGCCCUCGUGCCACAACGUCAUGGUCGGACGCUACGUCCCCUCUGAGCUGGAUCGGGCCGCCAACCGCACAGCCGGUUUUGGGCUAGUGACCAACAUCAUCAACGGAGGGAUCGAGUGUGGGGUCCCGACCAGUGCCUCCGUCUUGGACCGGAUUGGAUACUUCCAACGAUAUGCUGCCAUCUUCAAUGUCACAACCGGACCUAACCUGGAUUGCCAAUAUCAACAACACUACUAGCAAAAAGUUUCAAUAACAAUACCUUGUGUACUUGCGUAUUAUUAUGACUCAAAAUGUAUUAUUUUACUUUCUGGAGAUAUUAUUCAACUUGAAAUGUUCACAGCCAAUUUAUGCAA